GCUUUUUAGGUUUCCCACCAUCUUCCUCGUUUCUUACGUACUGUUCCUUCCCCAAAACCCAAAUCUUAAACACUCUUUGCAUAUAACAACUCUAUCUACCCCUCUAUCGCUAUAUACAUACAGUAUAGUUUGGUAUACAGAUUUAUCGUAUCCCUAUUCAUGAUCUGAGAUUUUUCCGUUCGCCGAUUUUGCUCAGCCAUGUCCAUCCGAUUCAAAUUCAGGAGCUCCGCGAGCUUCGAUUCGGUCGACAUCGAAGGUCGUUCCUCAAUCUCAGUUCGGGACCUCAGGUCCAAAAUUGUUCGCCAGAAGAAACUCAACAUCAGCCAAGACCUCGAUUUGGUCUUCUCCGAUGCCACCACAGGCCAAGAGUACAAUGACGAAAAUUUCCAAAUUUCAAGUGGUUCCAGUGUAAUUAUUAAGAGAGUUCCCUCGGGAUCAGUCCCUGCAGUGAGGGCACCAUUCAAUUCGGCUGAGAAUUUGGGGAUAAAAGACUCCAAUCACGCUAAUCCCAUUGGAUAUAUUCCUGUGAAUGCAGAAAUGGACAACUUUGAUGACUUUGGGGUUGACCUGUGUCCCGUUCCCGAGGCUGGCUUAUCUGACUCCGAUCUUGAAUUUGAGAAGAACACCAUUAGCAAUGAAAAGGCAAAGAAUGCAGCUACAAGGUUAGGAUGUCAAAAGCUUGAAAUUAGUGAUCUCAGUGAGGCUGUUCCAGGAGGUUGUAAUCGUUGUGGCACAGAAGAAAAUAUUCCUCAGACAAAACCAAAAAUUGAAGACCAUAUAAAGUUGGAAAAGAAUCAGCGGGUGGUCAAUGAUGCCAAGUGUCCUGCUGUGCAAAACUAUGAUUUGCCAUCAGAACUGAAAUGCUCUCUGUGCAACACGUUUUUCAAAGAGGCUGUGAUGAUACCAUGCUGCCAGCACAGUUUUUGUGAAAAAUGUAUACGUGCAGUGCUUUUGGAGAAGGCAAGGUGUCCCAAAUGUUCUUCUAGCAAAUGCAGGGUGGAAAAUUUGUUACCAAAUUUAUCUCUUAGGCAAGCAAUUGAGCAUUUCCUUGAGUCUCAAAUUCUUAUAGGUGAUCCUGACAAUGCUUUUCAGAAAUAUGCUCCAGAUGGAGAAUCUGGAAUUCAGGCAAAAAAUGCUUCUUGUGCUGUGACUAUCUUUCGAAGGGAGCCAGACUUGCCGCUUUCUCCCUCUGCAACCGAGAAGGGAUCCAAUCAAAUUAUGGCGGAAUCUGUGUAUCAGUCAUUGCACAGAGACAAUACUUCUUUUGUGGGCUCUGGUUCCCGUACCAACAACUUAGGUGCUGGUAAAGCUUUGAAAUCAGCUUAUUUAUCACAACAGGUAAAACAAUUAGAUGGAGAAAGAAUUGGGAUUUCUCACCGUGCUGAUUUCCGAAGUGCACAUGAAGACUUGACAGCUGUUCUUGAUUUUCAAGGGGAAAACCAGCCAGUCAAUUUACCUCAAACCCGUGUGCACGAGGAAGCUGAUUCAACUUUUAAGAAAAUGAGGGGAGUGUGGGUUAACAAUGGAGGUGGAGACAGGAGUUAUACAGCUACUGGCAGACACAAAAAGGGGGAUCGUACCUGUUACAUGUGUGGUUCUCCUGACCAUUUCAUUAGAGACUGCCCAGCUGCUUCCAGUCCACAUCCUACGCUUCAGACAGGAAACACUAUCUUUCCAGGAGCUAUGCCAGGUUUUGCAUCACCUUACUGGAAUGGCACUCCAUUUACGCCCUUCAGGCCCUUCACCAAUAUGUAUGGCAACCCUGGGUUUAUGCCCUACAAUGCCACCAUGGUCCCUGUUACACCUUACGCAAUUCCUUCAUAUAUGCCACCUAUGUAUGGUGGCAUGCCUGUCCCCAGUGGGUUUUUGAGAAUGGGAGGUGCGGCACCUCCAGUGGGAACAAGUGCAGAACGCCCUUUAAGCCGUUCAGAGCUUUUGGAGCUUCGGGAUUGUGAAAACAAACGGAAGCUUUCAAAUGAUAGUUUGUUAAGAGGACAAUAUCAUGAUGAUGAAGAUAAUGAUUCCGAUAACCGCUAUGAGCCAGGAAGAUCAAACGAGUAUAAAUCUCAUAUAGGGAGGGAAAAGAGCGCAAGCUACUCCGAGGACAGCUUUACUAAAAGAUCACAAAGGAAAUAUCGGCAUGACAUACAUUUGGAUCGUGACACCCACUCUUUCGAUGAAAGACAUGAGAAAAAGGCUCGUUCCUCAAUUGCUGGAAGAGAUAGGAGACCAUAUCAUCCAGAGAGAUCAAGUUCAGGAGUAGAAGAUAUGCCCCAUAGCUCUGACAGGGGUAGUGAAGAGAAGUAUAAACACCAUCAUAGAAGCUCCAAAAAGCAUGAGAGAAGGGGACACUGCACUGGCGAUUCAAGUCGGAGUAGGCAUCAAACCAAAAAAGAAAAAGAUAUGGAAAAUAGAAAUGUCGAGUCUGAUGUCAAAGGAGCUAAUCGGAAACGUCAUGGCCACUCAGAAUCUGGUUUGGAACCAAGUUCUUCCGGCGAUCAGAAGAAGCAUCGUAGAGAGAAGCAUUUUGGCUAUGGUUCCAGACAUUCUAGGCACAGCUCGAAGCCCCAUGGUGACGUGUUAUGUAAUGACAGGUGGCAGAUGGUUGGUGGCUCUGGUGAGGACAGCGAGGAAGGCUAUCGUCACCACAAGCGGAAAAGGGUUCACUAAAAUAAACGACAGGCAUGAUUUCAGAGGUAAAUGUGUAUAUAGUCGCAUACAUUGACUUAAAUGAUCCAUGUGAUACCCUUUCAUUUUAAGUAGAUAUUUUGUAUCAACCUGGUUUUAGAAUUACCUCUAGUUUCUCAUCUUUUUCCACCUAGAAGUGAUGGAUUAUAAAGGCGCACAACAUAUUUGGACACAUGUAGGCUUGUUAGAUUCUAAUUUGAAUUCUUCUCUGUUGGCUUUGUUGAUACAGAUAUAUUAAAGUGGUCGGCUUAUGGACAGUAACAUCAUGAUUAAGCUUUGUUAA